AGAAGAUGUACUGCAAGAUCUUCCACCUAAGAUCAUUCAAGAUUACUAUUGUGAACUGAGUCCGCUACAGGUUCAGUUAUAUGAAGACUUCGCCAAGUCUCAGGUCAAGAAAGGUUUGGAGGAAACAGUUUCUCACAUCGAUGAAGAAAACAAAAACGAGAAAGCAAGCAAAGAUAAUCCUCACGUUUUCCAGGCUCUUCAGUACCUGCGCAAGCUAUGCAACCACCCGCUUUUGGUGCUCACUACCAAUCAUCCAGAAUACACCAAAGUUAUGGACCAAUUACAUCAACAACAUGUCUCCAUCCGGGAUAUUCAGCAUGCCGCCAAACUUGUUGCUCUCAAGCAGCUACUGAUGGAUUGUGGGAUAGGAGUUAGCUCCUCAUCCUCAGGCUCCAGUGAUCUGUCUUCAGACCCUGUAGUGUCCCAACACCGGGUGCUGUUGUUCUGUCAGUUAAAGAGCAUGUUAGACAUCGUUGAAAAUGAUCUUCUUAAAAAACAUAUGCCUACAGUGACAUACCUCAGACUAGAUGGAAGUACGCCUGCGGGCUCGCGUCACUCGCUCGUACAAAGAUUUAACAACGAUCCCUCAAUCGACAUUCUAUUGUUGACGACACAUGUUGGGGGACUGGGAUUGAAUUUGACUGGUGCCGAUACGGUCAUCUUUGUGGAGCACGACUGGAACCCAAUUAAGGACCUACAAGCCACGGACCGAGCUCAUCGUAUUGGACAGAAGAAGGUUGUAAACGUGUACCGAUUGAUUACACGGGGAACACUCGAGGAAAAGAUUAUGGGACUCCAGAAGUUUAAACUGAACAUCGCCAACACAGUGAUCUCGCAAGACAACUCAAGCCUAUUGACCAUGGAUACUGGACAACUCCUGGAUCUCUUUUCAGUCGACCAAGAAAAGAAGAGAGAAAAACCAAGCGCACAACAGUCGAAUGCAACUGGGAAGACUUCGCUCAAAACUAUGAUUGAAAAUUUGGGAGAGCUAUGGGACGAGAAACAGUAUGAAACAGAAUACAAUUUAGACAACUUCAUUGGUUCGCUGAAGUGAAAAAUAGUAUGUGUCAUUUU